AUGUUCGACAAGUUCCAUCUGGACGCGUCGUUGAAGAUCCAGUUCUUGCGCUUGAUUCACAACUUUUGCGACCGCGACUACAGCGACAAUAGCAGCAAGUUGCUGCUGCUCAGUGAGCACGAGAUCCAGCUGAUGAAUGAAGGCGGCUCGACGUCUAUCAACCUCGACCACGCGGACAAGGGACUGCUGUCCAAGAUCAUCCACGCGAUGAUAGAGCAGCCAGUGGACUCGAUCUACCGCUUCUGGCUGGACUCGUGUGUGGAAGCCUUCUUGCGGCGUGCGGCUCCGAGUGAGCAGCUCUUCGUUGCGCGUACACCUCUGCUGAAGGCGCUGAUAGCGGAGAUUCUCAGUGGAGGCGCGUACCCUUCGCAGGGCAGCUUCCAGUCGGCCUUUGAUCUGCUUGGAGAGAUGACCAAGGGCAACCGAGAGACGCUGCAGCUGUUCCAUGGACUUCUGAGCAACACCCAGUUCGCGACUUUCAUGGAAGUGGUCCUUUUGAACUUGGUGGACUCGAAUGUGUUCAUCCGGUCGAUGCUUUUGUCUUGUGAGAAAUUCGCAAAGCAGCCGGAGAGCGGGACGUUUGGCGUGGCUGACGACUGCGAGAUGGACCGCAUGAGCGAGUUCCUGGCUGUGAAUCUGGUGCGGCUGCUGCGUGAUCUCAUGACGAUCGUGACGAUGGACGACAUCAACCACGAGAACAUUUGCUCGACUGCCAGCGAUCCUGGAGGCCCUGCGCGACCACGAAGUUAA